UUCUCGUUUCUUUUCCUUUAUUUUUCUUUUCUUCUUCUUCUCUCGUCUAUGCGUGUGUGUCUGUGUGUGUGUCUGUGUGUGUGUUUUUGUUUCCUUUCAGUUCAGGGCUGCCGUUUGGUUGAUUUGGUUAGGUUGCAUCUGGGCGGGGCGGGGGGGCAUUACAUGGCUGGGUGCGGGUGCGGGUUUGCGGGGCUGGAUUGGGUUUGCGGGGCUGGGUUGGGUGUGCGGGCUGGGUUGGCGUGCGGGCUUGAUAGGGCUUGAUAGGGCUUGAUAGGGCUGGUGCAGG